AUGCCGAACUACACUCAAAGACACGAAACUGCCACGUCCAGCAUGCUGGCGUGGAGACAGCAGAAUGCCAAGCUAGGCCUCGCUAUCGAAGAUGACGUUGGCGCGGAUACGGACGAGCCCCCAGAUCAUCACCCUCUGCAGCUCUCUCCCGUCACGAGCCGCUUCCCCAAGGCGGCUGUGCGUCGUGGCAAUGAUCAACAUCACCAGUCCUUGCUCACAAGGGCUCUUCAAACCCCAUCCGACGACGAGGCGGCUGAACCUGCGCUAGAUCUGUCUACAUCCCGACGCCGGAGAUCGUUGACGAGCAACAUUAGCCUGGCAUCCACCGCCGAGCUUACUAGCGAUACAGGGGUCACCAGCCCUGCUCGAACGAGUUCACCAAGCCCCCGUCUACCGAGCGGCGCGUUUGCCGCCGCAACAGCCGACCCGGUGGAUAUCCAACAGGCCCAUUCUGGAUUGGCGCCUCUGCCCAAGACUGAGGCCAGUCUCAGUCAUGUGGCGAAGGAACAGCACGGUCCUGUUCAGGGCUCCGGAUCCGUUCCUCCUCCAGCUGUUGAGAAGAAACGCUGCAUCUCGUUCGCCUGCGGUGCCAAACCUGUCCGGACUGACACCGCACCAGUCGUUCCGACCGUCAAAACCGAGCAGAAAGCGGAGCCUGCUGCCGCUCCAAAGCGACCGUGUAUCAAGUUCGCUUGUCCAGCUCGUCCCCAAUCGGAUGUUGGCACGGCCAAGCCACUGGAUACCCAAGAAGCCACACCCAAGCAUACGCCUCAACGCAGGAGUAACGAGUCUUCUCCCGCCUCCAUUCGGAAGCAGAGAUCACCUUCUGUCGGACGCCGCGGCGGCCGUUCACUCACUCCUCGGCGCGCCAGUCAGCCUACACGGGCCAAAAAGUUCCUCUCUGGCGAGAAUCUCGACUUGCAGACCGAGUCCUCUCGGUUCCAUGAGUUCGCCACUGAUGAGCCCCAAGAGGAUGAUUGGAUCCGUCAGGACAAGACCGCCACGCGCCGAAAACUCACCAUUGACGACACCUUGAAGAUGGAGCUCGAGAUUCGGCGUCUUGGCAAGGAAGCCGAGGAAGAAGCCGAACAGGAAGAGAAUGACGAUGAUGCGGAAGCCGAAGAUGGGGCGCUUGAUGAGGAAGACGAGAACGAGGAUGAGGACGAGGAAGAUGAGGAUGAUGAAGAUGAAGACCAGGACGAGGACGACGAUGCAUCAGGUUACAGUUCUGACGACGAUGGUUCAGACGGCUACAAUACCGAUAAUGAAGUCGGCUUCGCCUCUUCUGACGACGAGGACGAUGAUCUGGUUCUGUGGACAACGCGCCAACCAGGGCAGCUGUCCCUGUCUGGCGCUACCCCUAUGGAACGCCGCCCAUCUCUUGGGGAGCAUUCGGAUUCAUCCUCUUAUUCCGGGAGAGCUCCACGCCAGGACAAGCCCAAAAACCGGGAACUGGGCAAAGUCAUUCGUUCUGGAACCCCUGAGCUACCUGACAGCACCGACUUCGUGUGCGGUACUCUGGAUGAGGAUCGGCCUCUGGAGGAGGCGUACCUCUCGUGCCUGGCGGCUCGUAAGCGUGAGAAGCUUCGCGUGAUCCCUCAGGACAUUGAUCCCAGCUUUCCCACCUCAGACCCUGAGGAUGAAGCUGACGAGGACACAUACAAGGCUGGCCACGAUAGCGAUGAGCAGUUGUGGCUCCAUGGCGAAAUUGAGGAUCUGGAUCAUGAGCAUCACGAACGCGCCGAUAGGCGAAAGAAGAAGGGCGAUUCCCCCAAACGAUAUCGUUCGCCGCCUCCCAAACGUCACUUCUCACCGCCGCCCAAGGUCCGAGGACGAUCUCCUCGAAGACUCCCAGAGCGCCACUCUCCUCCAAAGAGAUGGAGGUCGCCGGCUCCUCGUCAAAAGAUCACACCACCUAACGCUUCGCCCAUCCAGAACGAGCGAGGUGUCAUCUUUGAGCCGAUGGCCCCUCGGCCCAACAUCACCCAUACCAAGUCCCUGCCCCGUCCCGGCGCCGGGUUCACCAACAUGAAGCACCGCCGCAACCGUGCACCUACAACCAGUACCAAGGACAAACACGUCCGUGGUGCCAUCGACAUUGUCAAGGGCCUGGAGCAGAAGCGGCAGAGGCGAAAGGAGAAGUUCCAUCAAAAGUAUUGCAACCGGGCCCGCAAAGGACAGGUGCCUGAGAAGCGCCCGCAGCCGGGCAAAGGCGCAGAGCGCAUGAAAGAGUUGGGUCUGAUCAUGGCUGGCAAGAUCGGUCCAGGCAACUAUGUCCUUUCCAUAUAA